AUGGCUGCCGUCACCAAGUGUCACAGACCGGGUGGCUCGUUACAGAAACUCAUCCUCUUGCAGUUCUGGAUGCUAGAAGUCUGCAGUCAGCAGAGCCCACGAGGCUCCCAGGGAGGACUGCUCGGGGCCCAUCUCUCGGAUUCUGGUGCUGCUGGCAAUGCUUGGUGCAUGACUCCAACCAGUCUGCACCCUCACGUGGCCUUCUCCUCGCGUGAGAAGGAUCGGAAGAAGGGUCAGACCAGCAGGUCUCAAACUUCACACCAGCAGGUGCACAAGGCCUACCUCAAACUGCCUGACCAGAGAGUGGGGAAGCAGCCAGUGCCUGAGGGCCACUCUGUGACAAAUGCUACUCCAUCCCCGAGGGGGAGAGGCGGAGCCGACGUCAGCACUCAGGGCGCUCCAGUGACUUUUGGGGUCACUACGUCCUCACAACUUAGAGCAGGAAAGGAGGCGUCUCCCGACCGAGCAUUCACCCCACUUUCAGCCGGGAGCCAAGGUCGCGUCAUCCUAGGGCGUUCGGAAGGGGGACGCCACCACCUAAGCCCCCUGGCCCUCGGCUACGGGCCGCGCCAGAGUGGCAACGCGGUGGCACGUGGAAGCCUCGCCCUGGCCGCACUCCCCGGCAACACCGACCGCGCGCCGGGUGCAUGGGGGUCCGCACGCGGGGUGGAGAGCGACCGGGGCCGCGGCUUUCCCGGAAGCAAGUGCGGGUNCGGGCCCCCCCCCCCCCCCCCAGCAACCCCCGGCUUCCGCCGCUGCGGGGGUGGCGGAGCAGGGCGCGGGGCGUGUUUCAGGGGGUCGGGCGUAGACAGAGACUCUGGGGGACGAGAUGCAUCAGAAAUCGGCUCCCAGCGAGUCCCGCGCCGCCGCGGCCGUAGGAGAGGGGAGACCCCGCCCGCGGGGCAGGCGACCUCGUGCGGCGACCCGGGGGCGACACGGGGCGGCGGGGGGAGCGGGCGAGCGGCGUGCGCCGUGCACUUCCUGUUCUGUGCACGCGGCCUUCCACCGCCCCGCUCGCGCCGAGCCUGCGUCCGGGCCGCGCCACCCCUUGCUGCCGGCUCCCUGUCCCCGGGACGCGGCGCCGCGGAGGGACGCAGCGGGCGCGCCCUCCGGCUGGCAGGGCCCCCGCGAGCCGAGCCGCCGCCAGAACUUCUGCGCGCAGCCGAGCGGGAGCCCAUUUGCCUGGGCGUUCGCGUUUGCGCCUCCUCCUCCCUCCUCCCCUCCCUCGCCCAGAAGAGGGACGGGCCGAGUUCCAGGCUCCCGGCUGGUUCAUUCUGCGGCCGAGGAUUGUAUUUACAUACAGACUGUCUCCCUCUCGCCAGAUUGUCCAGUUCGGCGCAGGCACGGGAGGGUUGUUUUCCAAAUUAUUGUCUUUACUUGCACCUGCCUUUCAGAUUACUUCUGGGAAUCUGUGGGAGGAGCUCAGAGGGUGGAAAAUGUUGCUUCGCUUUGCAAAAGGAAGAAAACUUUGUCACCCAGCGGGAGACCUCUGCCACGCGUAACCCGGAGAGACACCAGAACCAGAACAGCCUUGGGCUUUGAUUUUGCAUCGCUGAGCCCCUAAGGAGGAAGAGGACACGUGAACACCGCGCUCCCGCCGACCGCCAUCCGUCCCCAGUGGCGGCGGCCCGAGGUACCUGCGCCACCUUCCUAACCCGGGGAAGUCCCCACGCGGUGUCUUCGGGGUGGAAGGAUAAUAAUAAAGAGCGCGCGGCCCGAGGCCGAAGGCAGGGGCCGGGCUAGGAAGGAGAGGACCGAAUUGCUGGAACGAGUCACCCGGAAUUAACUUCUGGUUAAAGUUAUGGGAAGCGCGUCCAUGGACACCAAGAAGAAGAAAGAUGUUUCCAGCCCUGGAGGGAGCAGCGGCAAAAAAAACCCCAGCCAGAAGAGGCGUUCGCUGCGAGUGCACAUCCCGGACCUGAGUUCCUUUGCCAUGCCGCUCCUGGAUGGAGACCUGGAGAGCUCAGAAAAGCAUUCUUCUCGUAAGGUAGGCCACCUUUCUCACAGCUUCUCACGGCUCACCUGAGGUGCCACUGAGGCAAGAUUCCCUCAGUGAGAGCCCAGGACAAAUGUCCACCUGCAAAUGCACCUGUGCUCCCACCUGCACAUGCACCUGUGCUCCUAUUUGCGCUCCCACCUGCUUACCCAGUGGUGCACCCACCUCACAGGGCCAUGCCCCCCAUACCUGCCAGCUGUCUAAUUUGAGAGCCUCUUGGGCUUUGCUCCUUACUCUUCUUCUCCAUCUGGGUUCAGCCAUGGCCCCUCAGACUUCCCAAAGGAGGCAGAGGUGAUGUGGAAGGUCAACAAUAAGCCAAGAGAAGAGGCUUAAAGUAUCAGUAAAUGGGAGAUUAGGAGACCACCUGUGGCUUUCAGCUUGUCCCAUCCUGGACAGGAGUUCCUUCCACCUACCAUCCCCCCACCCUCGCCCUGUUCCAGGCCUUCCUUCCCUUUGGCCUUCACGCCACUUGUCCUUGCCUCUCUUUAGCUCACUGCCUCCCCUCCCCGCUGGCCGGUCGGCAACUCAGCAAGACUAGUGGCCAUGUAGGGUCAGGCAGCCGAGAAGGAGUGUGUAUCCUGUGAGGGUCGGUGGGCAUGGCGAGAAAAGGGAGGUCAAGGCAGCCUUCAGUCAAGACUGAGGGAGUGUGCAGA